AUGGAACAUAAAGGCCUUGGGUUCGCCUCGCCAAUCUUGCAUCUCGAGGCUAAACCGAGCUCACGAGAUCUUCGGCCGGGGUUCAUUGAGCGUCCCUCGCGACUGGAUCGAGUCUAUACCUCUAUCCAAAUCGUGAUCGCCUUUCGCAAAGGGGAACUAUAUGUCAAUCGCCCUCCCCGAUCUCAUAUUUUCCCUCCCGACUCAGCCACUCAUUCUCGUAUAAAGCCUGACGCAAAAUAUGCAUUUUCUCCUACCUCUCGACCGUUCCAUUUUUUCCCGGUUCUCCUGCAUUCAUGCAGCCUAAGUUCACUUCCAUGA